AUGUCGAAUAUAUCGAAAAGAAGAAAGGAGGGCUCAAGGGCCAAGAUCAAGACUGUAGGGGACCAUGAUGAGUUUCUAAAACGGAUCACUAAAACUCUCUACUAUGGUGAGCUGCCUAAUUUACCAUGUCUGAGUCUUCCUGUCACUGAGAUAUCGUGCGAGAUGUGGUCGGAGUGGCAGCGCGGGCGCUCGCUACGGCGGCUGCGUGCGGACGCUGCGGCCGGCAUCUCGCGCGGCGCCUGCGUGUCUCCGUGCGCGCUCGUGCUGGCCAUCCUCUACCUCGAGCGGCUCAAGACCUGCAACGGCGACUACCUCACCGCGGCCGAGCCAGCCGACCUCUUCCUGGUUUCCUUGAUGGUGAGCAACAAGUUUCUUCAAGAUGAUGGUGAAGAUGAUGAAGUGAUUUGCUCUGAAUGGGCAGCGUCUGGCGGCCUCGAGCUGGAUCAGCUUAAGAAGCUUGAAGUAGAAUUUCUGAAUGCAAUUGAUUGGAAUGUGUAUGUAAAUGAAAAAUCAUUUGAGGCAGGACUUUUGUGGCUAGAACGGCAAGUGGCGCUCCGGCAAGCAAAUCUGCGUGGUUUCUUUACAUACACAGACUUAGCCGCUACAUGUGAUGGAGCGUUGUUGUCGGAACUUGUACGAUCAUUCUCAGCAGUAUGUGCAGCCGCGACCCUCAGUUACCUCACUAGCCUCAUCACAUUGUUCACUUCUACCCUGGUCAUAUCACAAGCCUGGCUUCCAUUGCUACAGUACAUCGCUGCUCGUGGUGCUCUGUCAGCUAUUGACACAAAUAUUAUGGCUGAAAACAUCAAACCCGAGCUAACUUCAUGUGUUACAAAUACUACAGUUGAUCUCUUGUCGGAUAUUAUCCUCACAGAGGAAUCAUCAGCGCCAGACAUACCGAGGUGCUGCACAAAAUGGUUACAAUACCAAGACAGAAUGGAUACUAAAAAGAGUUGGUACGACAAUGUUGUUGCUUACGACUGGAAAUCCUUUGAACCUUGGUGGUCUAAAACUCCAAUUCUAAAUUGGUUGUACCACAGCUCUCUCAUCAAUCCAAUGCAGAGAUGGCUGGAAAAAGUUGAUGAAUAUGCAGAUUUAUUUAAAAAGAAAUUAUUUAGUGUUGGAAGCUCAAAACCAGGAGUUUAUUGUCAUGAAUAUAGGAGAAGCGAUGAGAAGCAACAGUGUAUCCGGCAAUGGCUUAACUUAAGUAGAUUUAGCGUUCUAAUGGCGUCUAUUUCUGAUCGAUAG